GUCACAUUCACACACUCAUUGAGACAGCAACACUUAACACUCAAGACUGAGAGCCCUUCUAUACAUCAUUUAAAAUGGAAUUCUGCUGUGGGUUACUUCAGAGUCGUGCAUCCAAAAUGUCCAGCUGCUGGAUCAUGCUGGCUUUUAUUUUCUCAAUGCUGUCCAUGCAAGUUCACUGCUGGUCCUACUUCUACUCUAACACCACCAUGAACUGGGCAAAUGCCCGAGCAUGGUGCCAAGAGCACUACACCGACAUGGUGGCCAUCCAGAACCAGGAGGAGAUAAGCCAUUUGAACACCUGGCUGCCAAAAAAGAACAACUACUACUGGAUCGGAAUCCGAAAAAUCAACGGUACCUGGACGUGGGUGGGCACCAACAAGUCUCUGACAGCAGAGGCCACCAACUGGGCUCAGGGAGAGCCCAACAAUGGCAUGCACGGCAAAAUCCAUGGCAAUAGCGAGGAUUGCGUGGAGAUGUACAUCAAGAGGAGUCCGCAGCCCGGGAAAUGGAACGACGAGAGAUGCAGUAAGAAGAAAACGGCUCUGUGCUACACAGCUGCGUGUCAGAAAGACUCAUGCGUCUAUGGAGAUUGUGUCGAAACCAUUAACAGCCACAAGUGCCAGUGCUUCGAAGGCUUCUAUGGAGAUAAGUGUGAAUACGUUGUUCAGUGCAACAAAAGCGAGCUGACACUCCCUCAUAAGGGCAGCGUCGAAUGCACAAACAAGUAUGGCGAAUUCACCUUUGACUCCUUAUGUCAAUACUCCUGCGAAGAAGGAUACCAACUAAGUAGACAAGAACCCUUAAGGUGCACCGCCACCAAAAACUGGUCACAAACGCCUCCUACAUGUCAAGCCGUCCAGUGUCCUGCCUUACUCCAAUUGGACAACGGCACAGUCAGCUGUGAAGAUGAUGAUCCAGACACGAGGUUCAGCUACGGGGGCACCUGCACGUUCAGCUGUGACCUCGGCUAUCGGAUGGUGGGCCCGAGCGAAGUGACGUGCACAUCGGCUGCGCGGUGGAGUGACACGAUGCCGCGCUGUGAAGCAAUUACAUGCCCUGCCCCUGAAGUUCCCAAAAGAGGUCACGUGAACUGCACUUCAUCCCUUCUCCCAUCAUGGGGCUCCUAUCUGCACAAUACAGUCUGCACAUUCAGCUGUGAUGAAGGCCACGAACUCCGAGGCGCUUCCAACACUGCGUGCACGCUUCUGGGCGAGUGGAACGUCGUGCCUCCGACAUGCAUAGAGUCAACGACUGAGUUUAGUGCUAUUACGGCUGGUGCAACAAUAGGAGGCGCUGUGUCAUUGUCUACCUUGUCUGUGGUCAUGUGGAUCCUCAGACGAAUGAGGAAGAAGGCAACCAAGUUUGAGCUGAACAGCAACUCUGACAUUGAAGACCCUCCUCAAGUCUACAAAAACAGCAUUGACAGCCUCAUAUAGGACUGCUACAUCACCUCGACACCAACCAUCAUUUGAAAAGUUCCAUUAAAACAAGUGAUGUACUUGUUUCGUGUCUUUGACAUGUAUUUGCUCCCAAAGGGAGUUUUGUAUUGAGCAUAUUGUUUGAUACCCUUAAGAACAUGCAGGAAGUGUGAUGUUACCAAACAUAGUGCACUGUCGUGUCCUUAUUAAGCUGUGAGUAAUUUAGUAUAUUUAUAGAGUGUGAUAUUUAUUGUAGUAUUUGAAAUGUUUUAUGUUAAUGUUCUUAUGUUGAUGUAUUGAAUGUCAAAAUGAUGUCAAUGAUCAUGGUUUGAUUCUAUUUUUUUCUUUUUAAAUUUUCCACGUCAUGGCACUAAGUUGUACAGUGUGUACUGAAUUACAUAAAUGCAAUGAGCAAUAAAAGAGAAAU